AAAAAGUUAGAAAUGAUCGUUGAAUCUGUCUGCGGACGGAGCAGUGAACCCCUCGGACGCUGCUCUCUUGGGUCGUUCUUUUGUCGUCUGUGACCACCAACGAUGUCGCUAUUCCCCAAUCGUGACCAUAGAUUUUAGCUCGUCCAAUUGUUCUUCGCCAACACUCUCUUCUAGGGCUUCCGAUUUCUCGUUUCGAGUGCGUAAUUUCCUCAAUUGGUUUGUCUCCUCGUGUUCUUCGUCCUCGAUGCUUUGAUCGAGCGAGCCUGCAGCUGUAGUUUGUUGGGCUUCGCGUGCUCUGAUCCUAGGGUUCUGAGCAAUCUUGUGAUUCGCUGAGGCGCAAGAUUUCUCGUAUAAUCUUCGGUGGGCUCAUAGAUUAGCAGAAUUGAGCUGAAACCCUCAUCUGGGUCGGUGUAAAAAUCGUAUAUUUUCUACAAGAUGGAAGAUGGGGAGCUCGAUUUCUCGAACCAAGAGGUGUUCUCGAACCCGGAGGCGUUCUCGAACUCGAUCGGCGAAGUGCCCAGUAGCAGUAGAUCGAUGGACAGCUUUCUCGAUGAGAUUUUCAAGGACGCGCAUGCAUGCACUCACACUCACACCUGCAACCCGUCCGGGCCUGACUCUUCGCACACCCACACGUGCUAUCAUGUCCACACGAAGAUCGUGCCCUCCUCGAGCGAGGAGAAAGCAGAUGACAGUGCGGAGUCGUCGGAGAAGAAGAAGCCAGCCGGUAAGAAGCGGCCGCUUGGAAACCGUGAGGCUGUGAGGAAGUACCGGGAGAAGAAGAAGGCCCGAGCUGCGUCCUUGGAGGAUGAAGUGGUGAGGCUGAGGGGCCUGAAUCAGCAGUUGCUGAGGAGGCUGCAGGGGCUGGCAGCUCUAGAAGCCGAGAAUGCGAGGCUAAAGUGUCUGCUUGUGGACAUUAGGGGUAGGAUCGAGGGGGAGAUUGGAUCUUUCCCGUAUCAGAAGACGGCGAACAUAGGGAAUAGUAGCAUGCCUCUUGGUAGUGGUGCUUAUAUGAUGAACCCGUGUAAUGUGCAGUGUGGGAAUGAGGUUUAUUGCCUUCACCCUGAUGGGAAGACUGGGGAUGGCGUGGGUAUAAAUGGACAGUUAUAUGGUGGAUGCGAGCUUGACAGCCAGUGUUUGGCAAAUCAAAACAAUAGUAAUUCAGGAUUGAAGGAGGUUCCGGGUUGUGGGGUGGCGGGAAUGGGGAAUGGAACAUCUAAUGCAUUAGGCAAUGGAACAUCUAAUGUAUUAUCCUCUGGUGGUGGGAAGAAGAAGAAAGGCGCAUCUAGUGCAGCAACAGUCUGCUGAAGAGCCAAAGUUUUGGUGUUACUACCAACCCGAGUACAUGUACCAUACCAAAUAAGUACUCUACGAGACCUGAUCUUUUUAUGUUUUUUUGUGCCUGGCUUGUUAGUUCUUGGGGCUGCCAUCGCUUGCUGUUCACAUGUAGCUUAACCUCAUGGGAUUUUGGACAAUCCUAGCGGGUGAUGUUCCAUGUACUUGUGACUUCUGGAAGCAUUUUCUGGAAAGGAAAAGCUCUAUGUCGUGUGUUUCAACUAUUAAGUGGGAGAAAUUGACAGGAAAUUUUCCGAUUACGUCCAGCAGAUCUAUUUCGUUCUUUCUGGUUUCCUCCUUGAAGAUCAGCAAACGAGGAGCUUUGUGUAACUUUUAUUUGGGUUUACCUGCUGUUAUGGAUUAGUUACCCUGUUAAUCGAACACCUUUCUUUCUC